AUGUCACAAAUAUCCCAAACUGCUUUAGCUAGCCUCGAUGAGUCAUCAAGAAAAGAUAUCAUGCAAUUUAUUGAGUCUGAGAAUUCCAAAUCCAAAGUCCAAAUGUCUAUUCAUAACUUCACUGAUAUGUGUUUCAAAAAAUGUAAUGCCAAUAAACCAAUAACCAGUGGUACUUUAGAUUCAAGCGAAGAGCAAUGUUUAACUAAUUGUUUGAAUAGAUUCUUGGAUACUAAUAUUAAAGUUGUUCAAGCUUUACAAGGUGCUCAAAAAUAA